UAACCAUGGUGGCGUCACGGCCCUCUAUCUCCCCCUUUUUUUGUCCUAAGAAAAGCUAGGGCACAGCGAGGUGCUCCCCUCUGCCGCAGCCGCUCCUCGAUCGGCGUAUCUGAACCCUCGCUCCGCCCCUCGGGCUUCCUCCGUUGCAUAGAUCGAACUGCUCUCUGCGCCUCUCGCUUUCGCUCCGUCGACGCUGAGAUCGAGGAAGAUGCGGUGACGAGGGCGUCGUGCGAGAGGGAAGCGUUUUACGUGCGUCUAUCUUCUGUUUUUUCUGGCAUCUUCUCAUCCUUGUCACUGCCUGCUUCAGGACGCGAUGCAAAGUUUGAUCUUGGCCUUUUCAUGCCUCUUCAGUUCACUCUCCAUGUGCGUCUAGGGUUUCUUAUGCAAUUGAAGGGAAUCUUUAGUUAGUUCUAUUCUCUACUCUGUACAAUGGGCUCGGUUGUUAUGGACAUUGAUCCAGAAGAGAACAUGGAGGCACAGAACACCACUAAAGAGCCGAUUGAUCCCCUAUCCGACGUUCGCAAGACUGAGGAGGAGGUCUCUGGUGAAAAUGCUGCUGCUCUUGUCGGUAGCUAUGCGAGCAAGGUGAUUUCUGGAGUCAAGAAAGCACUUGUUGGUAAGGUCGCAUCUUAUGACCAUGAAAGUAGAUUGUACUCUGUUGUCUAUGAAGAUGGGACUCGGGAAGAUUUGGAUUCUUUCUUACUCUCCAAGAUUAUAGUCUCUGAGGAUGGCAGUACUAGCUCCAAUUUGAAGAAUAGCUGUAAGAAGAGGAAGCUUGACCUUCUGGUAUCUUCCGGUUCCACGGAGCCAAAUAUGUCUUCUCCGGGGAAGAGGUUGAUGAAUAAUGUGCCUAAUGCUUCUGGCGGAAGUGGGACUUCUUCCGAGAGGUUGGACUCAGAACUCUCUGAAGAUGCUAACUCUUCUAAUAAUUCUCCUGAUUAUAUGCAGGCUUCUUGUUCAGUUGCUUUAGCAGAAUGCCAUAUUUUAGAUUUGCCUCCAUCUUCCGGCGACAUUGCUAUUCCUGAGGAGUCAAUCAGCUAUUUAUUCUCUGUAUAUGGAUUUUUAAGAUCACUUAGUGUUCAAUUGUAUUUAUCUCCCUUUGGAAUGGAUGAUUUUGUUGGAUCCCUUAAUUGUAUGGUUCAAAAUUCUUUGCUGGAUGCCAUUCAUCUACAACUAUUGCGUGCCUUGAGGCGUCAUAUUCAAGUUGUUUCUUCUGAGGGAUCGGAGCUUGCCUCUAGAUGUUUAAGACACUAUGACUGGAGUUUGCUUGAUGCAUUGACAUGGCCAGCUUUUGUUACAGAAUAUCUCUACCUAAUGGGAUAUAUGAGAAGUCUGGAAGGGAAAGGAUAUGGCACCAUACUGUCAGAUGGUGAAUAUUACAGACUUCCUGUCACUGCAAAACUCAAAAUUUUGCAAAUACUAUGCGAUGAUGUAAUAGAUUCUGCAGAAAUCAGAACUGAACUUGAAAUGCGUGAGGACUUGGAGGAUGAUGAAGAAGACAACCUUGAUCUUAGCCAUCCUUUAGACAGUGGCCCAUGCAAUGUGCGAUCUAGAUCUUCCAGGAUUUCUGCUAAGGUGCCAGUUGCACAAGUAACAACUUUGAAAAUAACAGAAUCUGAAGCAGACACAUCCACGGGUAAUAUAGAUGGCAACAGUGAUGAAUGUCAGCUAUGUGGAAUGGAUGGCACUUUAAUUUGUUGUGAUGGGUGCCCCUCUGCAUACCAUUCUAGGUGUAUUGGUCUGAAUAAAGCUUUUCUACCUUCUGGGCAGUGGUUUUGUCCAGAAUGUGUGGCUGAUAAGAAUUGUCCUGCAUCUAUCAAAGUAGGAAGGGGAAUUAAAGGAGCUGAAUAUUUUGGAACUGAUGCGUGUGGACGGAUAUUCCUGGCCUCUUGCAAUUACUUACUUGUGAUCGGUGCAGUUUUGGAUGCAGAUCCAUUCUGUAGAUACUACAACAAAGCUGAUAUCAGCAAGGUGUUAAGCUUGUUGUCCUCAGUUAGGGGGAAUGCAUCAUCAUAUGCUCAUAUCUGUGAUGGAAUUUUAAAAUUUUGGGAGAUUCCAGCAAACAGUUUGGAGACUGGACAAGCUAAACCCAUGGAGGGAAACAAUGUGUGUACAGACAGAGAGAGCAGUUCUGAUAUGGAAGCUAGAUCCCACACUUCUGUGUUGAACUCAAUAACACAGGCCAGGUUCCCAGAGAUGCAACCCAAUACAACAAAGCAAAAUGUUGCUAUAAGGAAGACAGAAUUAACUUCGCUUGAAACCCUGUCAUAUCUCAAUGGUACUCAUAGAUUAACAACACCUGACAUUUCAAGUUGCAUUUCAACAAAUGAAAGCUUAACGAGUAGGGGAGAUUCUGGUACUUCCCAUGUCUUCAACAAGGGUUAUGCAGUUGGGUUAUCUGAUGGAAGCAGGUACGGGAUUCAGAUCAGGAAUGAGAAGACUAGAAAUGGUAGAACUUCCUUCAACCCUCAAGUUUAUGGGAACCAGUAUAUUCAUGGUGAUGUUGCUGCAUCAGCUGCUGCAAAUUUAGUUGUUCUUAGUACAGAAGAGAAGCGAUUUUCUGAAACUCAUGUUUCUUCCAACUCACGGAAAACUCCGGCGGCAAUCAUUUCAUUGCAAAUGAAAGCAUUUACUGAAGCUACGAUGUACUUCUUGUGGCCAUCCUUUGAGAAGAAACUAUUGGAUGUCCCGAGAGAAAGAUGUGGAUGGUGCAUUGCAUGUAAAGGUUCAAUUACAAACAGAAAAGGGUGCUUCUUGAAUUUAGCUGCUGCAAAUGCCCUAAAAGGGUCUGCAAGAAAUAAUACUGGAUUUCGUCCAACUAAGCAUUGUGAAACUCACUUCCCUACCAUUGCAGCAUAUGUAGCAAACAUCGAAGAGACACUGCAUGGCCUAAUUGAUGGGGCAUUGCUAGAUGCAAACUAUAAUCUACAAUGGCGUAGAAAAAUCCGAGAAGCCUCUAGUUGUAGAGUCUUGAAAAUCCUAUUGCUCGAACUUGAGCAGAGUAUUCGUUCAAUUGCCUUUUCUGGAACCUGGUUCAAACUGCUGAAUGAUGGGCUACUCAAGUUUCCUGCUACAACAAUUUGUUCAUCUCUCAACGGGCCAAGUCAAAAGCGUGGGCCAGGAAGGCGGAGCAAGAAACAAUUAGCAUCUGAAUCUGCACUUGCAUCAUCAGAGAGUAGCAGGAAAGAUGUGCAAUGGUGGCGUGGGGGGAAGCUCUCAAAGAUUGUUCUUCAGACUGAGACUCUUCCCAGUUCUUUGGUCAAAAAAGCAGCUCGACAAGGUGGCUUUAAAAGGAUACCUGAUAUUUGCUAUUCUGAAAGUCUUGAGCUUCCUAGAAGAAGCCGACAAUUUGCUUGGAGAGCUGCUGUUCAAAUGUGCAAAAAUACCUCUCAGCUUGCUCUACAAGUUAGAUAUUUGGAUGCUCAUAUAAGAUGGAAAGAUCUUGUUCCUCCAGAUCAAGCCAAUUUAGAUGUGAGGGGUCUAGACGGUGAUGCUUCAGCUUUCAGAAAUGUAGUCAUAUGCGAUAAGCGGUCUAUUGGAAAUAAGAUAAUAUAUGCCCUUAUUUUCUCUAGCCAGAAGCAUAUCCCUUUACGUGUAAUGAAGAAUGUUUUGGAAAAGGAAAGUAUUGACAGCGAAAAUAGCAAAUCCUGGUUCUCUGAGAAUCAUGUACCGUUAUAUUUGAUCAAAGAUUAUGAAGAGAGAAUUCAUGAAAAACUGUUGCCUGGUUCAGUGACAUUAGGUAUACAUGCUCGACCAAAGUUUCAGGAAAAGCAACUAAAAUUUCGGCCAAGAGAUGUAUUUUAUUAUCUAUUACACAAAGGAGACAAACCUAGCAACAGUUCCUGUGCCUCAUGCAAAGGAGAUGUUAAUUUAAGGGACGCUAGCACAUGCAGUAUUUGCCAAGGUAAAUGUCAUAAGGAUUGUGCAAUACCCUUGAUUGAUCGAACGGGAUCCUCUUUAGCUUUCAAUAUCACAUGCAGAAUAUGCUAUCAUGAUAAGACUGCAGCUCUUAAUGCAAGUCGUAUGGAGAUCCGUAACACUCAUCUUUCUAAAGGAAUUCAAGAUCAGUCUCUUUCUCAUAAGAAAAUAAUGCUUCCAAUGACAGCACUCAACACUAUUGGGUCUACUGCUAAGGUGGUGGUUCAAGGAAAAAAUAUAUUAGUUCCUAGUUCUAAGAAAGAAGGCAAGAGUAAGCGAGCAACAACCAGUACAUAUGGUCUCAUUUGGAAGCGGAAGAAUGGGAAUGAUGACAAUGGUGGUCAGGAUUUCAGACUGGUAAAUAUUGUUCUGAGAAAAACAGAAGGCUUAGAUUCCUCAAGAAAACCAACUUGUUGCCUUUGCAAUGCUCCUUACAGAUCUGACCUGAUGUACAUUCGCUGUGAGAAGUGCCUAAAUUGGUACCAUGCGGAUGCUUUGGAACUUGAGGAAGCCCAAAUCUUUGAUCUUGUUGGGUUCAAAUGCUGCAGAUGCCGAAGAAAAGCCUCCCCCAAGUGCCCGUAUGACUGUAAGAAACCUGAGCUAAACUUUGUACAAAAUAGAAAUAGACUUAAAAGUACCAUGCCAGACAAUUCUACAUUAGCACACAGAUCUGUUGCUGCCUCUUCCGUUGCAAAGGAAGGUUUAUCUGUAAUUAAUGGUGAUCUUCUGCCUCGUUCCUCUGGAAUUAUUGAACAAAUACAAACAAUGGAAGCUGCAGUUCACCUGAGUGUACCGAAACCAGAGCAUAAUAGCCAGCAGAAAUUGUCUGUCAGAAGACCCCACCCGACUGCCACAACGGAUUUAUGUUCUGUUAGUCAGUCUCCAGCAAGGAAUAGCAUUCCAUGUGAAAUAGAUGACUAUACUUUCUCUGUGACAAAUGAUAAGAUAUUUGCCAACUCUUCUGAAAUGUUAACAUCAUAUGAUUAUCAAGACAGUGCAAGCUGUGGAGCUGUUUCCUUUAAUGAUAUUAAGUGUGACGACCAAUGGAAUGAUGAUCAAACAUACGAAGAUGCCGAGGACUAUGAACCACAAACCUAUUUCUCAUUCACAGAGCUGUUGGCAUCUGAGAAUGAUCGAGCAGAUGUAUCCGAUGACCCUACUAAUGCUGGAGGUAUUGGUUGCCUGUCAGGUUGCGGCAAGAUCGGAUCGUAUGAAGAACUCAAAUAUGCUGAAUUAGGGCCGCAAGGGGUGUAUUUAGCUGAGGAAGACAUGGAAAACAAAGGAAGUGCAGUUCAUAAUCUGUUAUGUAACAUUUGUAAGCUCGAUGACCCCCCUGCUGAUCUUCUCUGUGAGGUUUGUGGGCAGCUCAUUCAUUCACAUUGUUCUCCUUGGGUCGAGGAUGAGGAGCCUUCUGGCGGUGCAAAUUGGAGAUGUGGAAGAUGUCGAGAUUGGUGCUAGAAGAUAUGAAUACCUUAUGCUGGUUCUGUUGAAGCCCAUACCUUGUUGGUUUUUCUGGACAUGGUCAGAUAACUCUAGCAAAGGUAACAUGGGACCAAAACUCUACUGGAUGCUAGUUAUGCGCCAACGAUAUGCCAUAUAAAGUCUUAUUCAUUGCUCAUAUGAAGUACUAUACCAUUUGCAAAGUUAUGGAAUGGGAUCGGAUGUUUUGCAUCUAGAUUUUAGCAUAUCGUACAUGCAGUUUUUGGCCAACAGCUUACCUGGUAGGUGAUCUUUUCGCUUUGUGGAUAAUGAAUCUGAAAGGGUGACAGGACGAGGAAAGCUGGAUGCCUUUGUAGUAGUACAUCUGAUAAUUUUUUUUUUGUUACAGUGUACUCUGUAGGUGCAAACUACCUGAGAGAAAGAGAAGAAAUACGAAAUCAUUUUAUCUUCGGUAACGAGUGUGCUCUUCCUUAUGCUAGUGAACUUGUGUUUCUGUGCAAUUUCUGUUUGUUCAGAUAUGCCUCAGCGAGUGAAUGAAGCAAUUUAUGAAAGCAAAAUUCCAUUCUUAAUGAACAAUUGAUGCAACUGUAUCUCUGGUGAAGCAUUAAGAUGAAAUUGGAGUGAUUCAUUUGAUUUC